UAUCAGGGUUAGUUCGCGGUUAGUGUGUGUGAAUGUCAGAGUUUAUAUACAGGUCAUCGUUGCGUCUUCACGACUACCUUGUGCUGACCGGAGUUCGCGGCCAGUAAAAUAAUCGUUACAUAAUAAAGACGCUUUAGCAUGAGCUAGGUGAACUGGAAUUUUCUUUAGACCAGAAAGAUGUUAAAUGAAGAUAUCCAGCGAUAUAAUUAUGUUUUUGUCUCCGAGACAUACGGCGCUGUUGACAAAGCCCUAUUGCCGGAAGUAGUUUGCGCGGACGAAAUGAAAGCCAUCAAGGAGAGACUCGCACAGGUUGAAGAAGAACAGGAGCUCGAAAAGGAACGCAAUUUUCGAUUAAAUCAUGGUCCUGGAAGGCGCUCAUACAAAGGUGACGCAGUGGCUUUCUUUGCAACGAUUGGUGCAUCAGUUGAACAUCUGGAGCAGGGACAGACAGUCGUGUUCGAUCAACUUUUGACCAUGCUCGAUUCAGCACAUUCUGUAGUGGCUUAUAGUGCCACCACUGGCGUCUUUACAGCCCCAUUGAACGGGUUGUACGUUUUCUUUGUUACAUUAUUGGCACUUAACUGAAACGUCACGCACUUAGCUUUGCAUAAAAACAACACUCCGCUUUCAACUAUCUACGUGAAUGCGAAUUCAGCAUCGUCAACUAUUAACGUUUCUCUAGUUAGAGGAGAUAGUGUGUACGUGAAACACAUGGACCAUGGCUUGUACGGAGCCUUUUAUGGAGGACAGUCCACAUUCACUGGGUUUCUGUUGCAAAGGGACUGCGACGACUGUCCAGUUGUUGGAUAAAACACAACAAAUAAACUUCCAAAAAUAAUAAAAUAAUUAUAUUGUUUCA